AUGAUAAAGAACAUCCUCAACAAGCUCCCUCGUAAGCAAACCAAGCUAGCAGACAACCGUGAAGGUGGGCCUUCCAAUUACACCCCCAAUGCGUCCAGAAGUGCCCACCCCGCCAACUCCCGCCCGGCCCACCUGACAACAAAUCACGCCCACGACCACGUGUCGCAUGCGAGAGAAAAUGGGAAUGCGGUCGCCAGACCAAGCCCGUACGACUCACUCCCCAGCUUCCGUGACGUCCCGAAUUCUGAGAAGCAGACCUUAUUCCUUAAAAAGCUGAACCUAUGCUGUACGGAUGCCAAGCUGGCGAAGCGGUAUGUGGACCACUCGUUCGUGCUCCGGCUGCUCGAUCUCUUUGACUCGGAGGACCCAAGGGAGCGGGACUACCUCAAGACCGUGCUUCACCGCAUAUAUGGUAAGUUCAUGGUCCAUCGCCCCUACAUCAGGAAAGCCAUCAACAACAUUUUCUACCGUUUCAUAUUUGAGACGGAAAAGCAUAAUGGGAUAGCCGAGCUCUUAGAAAUCCUGGGGAGUAUAAUCAAUGGAUUUGCACUGCCCCUGAAGGAGGAACACAAGCUUUUUCUCGUGAGGGCGCUUAUUCCGCUCCACAAGCCUAAAAGCAUACCAGCAUACCACCAGCAGCUCUCGUACUGCGUGACCCAGUUUGUGGAGAAGGACUGCAAGCUGGCAGAUACUGUCAUCAGGGGUCUGCUUAAGUAUUGGCCGGUCACUAAUAGUUCGAAGGAGGUGAUGUUCCUGGGGGAGCUGGAGGAGGUGUUGGAGGCGACCCAGCCACCCGAGUUCCAGCGGUGCAUGGUGCCUCUGUUCCGGAGGAUCAGUCGAUGCCUUAGCAGCUCGCAUUUUCAGGUGGCAGAAAGGGCCCUCUUCUUAUGGAACAACGACCACAUCGAGAACCUCAUCAAACAAAACCGUAAGGUCAUACUCCCAAUCAUCUUCCCCUCGCUGGAAAAAAACGCACGGGCACACUGGAAUCAGGCCGUCCAGAGCCUGACUCUUAAUGUGCGCAAGAUAUUCUCGGACGUGGACCCUGACCUAUUACAAGAGUGCCUACUAAAGUUUCAAGAAGAUGAAGCCCAAGAACAGGAAAUCAAGGCCAAACGAGAGUCCACCUGGAAACACCUCGAGGAAAUAGCCACGGCCAAAGCAGCCAGCAAUGAGCCAGUUUUUGUGCCCCUAUGGAUGAGUACUAAAAUGCCAUCUGGUGAGGGUGAGACAUGUAUGUAUGGCCAGAAAAAGGUGAAGGAGGAGAGAAAAAGAAAGGGGGCAGAUGGAAAAUAG